GUGAUUGCUUAUGAUACACCACCAUCCAAGCAGUAUCUAUAUAUAUACACACACAUAUAUUAUCAUAUGAAGACUGUAAAUUGUAACAACGUUUACUGGAAGGAAAAAAAAAAAGCUCAAAGCAAAGCUUGAUUUUCAUUCAUCUUUUCUAUUCAAGGAUUUGAGUAAGAUCUGAGCAAUGGCGAAGGAAGCUUCAAAUGGGAAUAGCAAUGUGACUACAAAACCACCUCCAUCCCCAUCUCCUUUAAGAAAUGCCAAGUUCUUCCAGGCCAAUAUGAGAAUCUUGGUAACUGGAGGAGCUGGAUUUAUUGGCUCUCACUUGGUGGACAGGUUGAUGGAAAAUGAAAAGAAUGAGGUGAUUGUUGUGGAUAAUUACUUCACUGGUUCAAAGGACAAUCUGAAGAGAUGGAUUGGUCAUCCAAGAUUUGAGCUUAUCCGUCAUGAUGUGACAGAGACAUUGCUGGUUGAGGUUGAUCAAAUAUACCAUCUUGCUUGUCCUGCUUCCCCGAUCUUCUACAAAUACAACCCUGUAAAGACUAUAAAGACAAAUGUCAUCGGUACAUUGAAUAUGUUGGGACUUGCCAAGCGAGUUGGUGCAAGGAUUUUGCUUACAUCAACUUCUGAAGUGUACGGAGAUCCUCUUAUGCAUCCUCAGGAUGAAACUUACUGGGGAAAUGUCAACCCAAUUGGAGUUAGGAGUUGUUAUGAUGAGGGAAAGCGAGUUGCUGAAACUUUGAUGUUCGAUUAUCACAGACAGCAUGGGAUUGAGAUACGUAUUGCUAGAAUUUUUAACACCUAUGGACCGCGUAUGAAUAUUGAUGAUGGUCGUGUGGUUAGUAAUUUCAUUGCACAAGCAGUUCGUGGUGAGCCAUUGACCGUUCAAGCGCCUGGAACACAAACACGUAGUUUCUGUUACGUGUCAGACAUGGUUGAUGGCCUUAUUAGACUUAUGGAAGGAGAGAACACUGGGCCGAUUAACAUUGGAAAUCCAGGUGAGUUUACUAUGCUUGAGCUUGCAGAGACUGUUAAGGAGCUCAUCAACCCAGAUGUGGAGAUCAUAUCAGUUGAAAACACACCAGAUGACCCUCGCCAAAGGAAACCAGACAUCACAAAAGCCAAGGAGCUACUUGGUUGGGAGCCAAAGAUCAAGUUGCGCGAUGGCCUUCCACUCAUGGAGGACGAUUUCCGGACAAGACUUGGGGUCACCCGAAAGAAUUGAACGGCAUAGCUUACAAAUGCAAAUGAGAAUGAUGAAGAUGCUGAGAAGAGCUGACAUCUGGAUAAGCCUCUUCUUCCCUACGGUUUUCUUUGUUUCAUAUAUUAUCUAGGAAAAAUAAAAGGUAUUAGGAUCUUUUCUUGUUAUCCAGUUAUCUGAAGGAUUUGGGGUACUUUGAAUGGGUUCUGACAAUAUUAGGUUUUCAUACAAAGAUUAUUUUGUUUCGUGAAAGAGUGCCUUUUUUUUUAUGAAGAAUAUAUUGAUUUGGUCGUCUCCUGAUGAGCCAGUUUUAUCA